AUGGCUCAACCGCGUCGUCACUUUGCCGUGCAUUACCUUUUGUUCAGGUUUUUAGGGUUAGGUUGGUGGCACCAUCCUGAUGAAGAGGAUUUAAGAAACUUUUUUGGAUUCUACUUGUACUAUGCUAUUAUUACCCAGGUCGUCUGGGUGAUAGGCUUCGUGGGACUGGAGUCACUCGACCCAUUUAUCGGAGAAAAAGAUAUGGACCGAUUCAUGUUCAGUCUCGCGUUCGUAGUAACUCAUGACCUUACACUCAUAAAGAUUUUCAUAUUUUUCUUUAGCAAUCGGAAAAUUCAAGAAAUUGUCCGAAUACUCGAUGUGGAUAUUCAUCGAUUUUAUCAGAAUAACGAGAUGAACGAUCGAACAGUGAGGGUCACAAGGAUAUUGACGGGUACUUUUCUGGUGUUUGGAUGGUUGACCAUUGCCAAUACGGACGCCCAAUCAAACUUUUCGUAUAUUUUGACAUUUCUUUUAGAAACAAUAGGUUUGCUUUGGACAGGUCAUAUCGUGAUGACCUUAGACUCAUUCAUCGCUUCGAUGUGUUGA